AUGUCUCAAGUGCAAAGUCCUCUGACAGCAACGAAUUCAGGUUUAGCUGUCAAUAAUAACACAAUGAACUCACAAAUGCCUAAUCGUAGCAAUGUUAGAUUGGUCAAUGGUACUUUACCUCCUUCUUUACAUGUCAGCUCCAACCUAAACCACAAUACUGGCAACAGCUCUGCCUCUCAUUCGGGUUCCCAAUCACGCGACGAUUCCACUAUAGUUGGACUGCACUAUAAGAUAGGUAAGAAGAUCGGUGAAGGUUCAUUUGGGGUGCUUUUCGAGGGUACAAACAUGAUUAAUGGAUUACCAGUCGCUAUCAAAUUUGAACCGAGAAAAACUGAAGCCCCACAGCUAAAGGACGAAUAUCGGACCUACAAAAUUUUAGCGGGAACUCCUGGUAUACCACAAGCAUAUUACUUUGGUCAAGAAGGACUACAUAACAUAUUGGUUAUUGAUCUUCUGGGGCCUUCUUUAGAGGAUUUGUUCGAUUGGUGUGGAAGAAGAUUUUCGGUGAAAACUGUAGUACAAGUCGCAGUACAAAUGAUAACUUUAAUUGAAGAUCUACACGCACAUGAUUUGAUUUACCGUGACAUUAAACCUGAUAAUUUUCUGAUUGGGAGACCUGGUCAACCAGAUGCUAACAAAGUUCAUCUAAUCGAUUUUGGUAUGGCCAAACAAUAUCGUGAUCCAAAAACUAAACAACAUAUUCCGUACAGGGAAAAGAAAUCAUUAAGUGGUACAGCAAGAUACAUGUCGAUAAAUACUCAUUUGGGUAGAGAACAAUCUAGAAGAGACGAUAUGGAAGCUAUGGGUCACGUUUUCUUUUAUUUCUUGAGGGGCCAGUUACCAUGGCAAGGUUUGAAAGCGCCAAAUAACAAGCAAAAAUACGAGAAAAUCGGCGAAAAGAAAAGACUGACAAACGUUUACGAUUUAGCUCAGGGCCUACCAAUUCAAUUUGGCAGGUACUUGGAAAUUGUCAGAAAUUUAUCCUUUGAGGAAACUCCUGAUUAUGAGGGCUACCGUAUGUUACUUUUAUCAGUGUUGGACGAUUUAGGAGAAACAGCAGAUGGUCAAUAUGAUUGGAUGAAACUGAAUGGUGGCCGUGGUUGGGAUUUAUCGAUAAACAAAAAGCCGAACUUACAUGGUUACGGUCACCCAAAUCCACCAAAUGAAAAAUCAAAAAGGCAUAGAAGUAAAAACCAUCAAUAUUCAUCACCCGAUCAUCACCAUCACUAUAAUCAACAACAACAACAGCAGCAGCAGCAGCAGCAGGCUCAGGCUCAGGCUCAGGCUCAGGCUCAGGCUCAGGCUCAGGCUCAGGCUCAAGCGCAAGCACAAGCAAAAGUGCAGCAACAACAGCAAUUGCAACAAGCUCAGGCUCAACAACAGGCCAAUCGUUAUCAAUUACAACAAGGUGAUUCACAUUAUGACGAAGAAAGAGAAGCAUCUAAGCUCGAUCCAACUUCAUAUGAAGCAUAUCAGCAACAAACUCAACAAAAGUAUGCCCAGCAACAACAAAAACAAUUGCAACAGAAAUCUAAACAGUUUACCGAUACAAAUGCUAAUGGUCAAACUAAUAAGUAUGCAUACAAUGCGCAACCAACAACCAACGGCGAACAAAACGCUAAAAACGCAACGCAAGAUAGGAAUAGUAAUAAAUCAUCGAAGGGAUUUUUCAGCAAGCUAGGAUGUUGUUAG